GGUAGGGUGUCGCGCAUGCGCGGCCCCGCGGGGUUAGAGCUGUGGCGGCCCGCACCCAGGGGAGAGAGGAAGAUGUGCCAGCCCUUCUCAAAGCUUGUCAUGAUGCAAGGCUAGCAGAUGAUGUCUUCUUAUUUUACUUAUUUCUAGCCCUCCUUCUGUUUCUAGUUCUGCUUUUUUGGAGGUGCCAAGACUCGAAAUCUUGGAGCAGAAUUCUAACAACCAGUUGUCAGGACCUUAAGAAGAAACUUGCCUUUCGGGGUAGGUUAUUCCAGAAUAUCUGCUGCAAUGUCAUUUGAAGUAGCUUGCACUGGAUACUGCCACUAAUGGACUGCUGGCCUGACUAUGAUGCGGACUCCUGAGUUCCUGUAUUUGUAGUUUAAAUAUACAGCUCUAACGUGAGACACAACUUCAAAGGGUUGCUUUAUCGGAAAAUAAUUGCUACAAAUAAUAUUAGACAUAAUUUCUGCACAUCAUUGUGUCAUUUUUCUGUUAGCCAAACUCUCAGCUACCUUCUUUAAGAGAAGCAGAAACUUUGCUCUGUCUUACUAGAGUCUGCCUACCCUCAGGAAGCAGCUGAAGGUUGUGGCAAGUAUGCAGUGUGGGAGGCCAUAAUGUAACUAUACAUUUUCCUGAUUUUCAUAGCUUUUAGUUUCAGCCUUCCAGUGUUCUCAUUCUGGGUGUGGGAAGAAGAGACAUUUCUAAGGCCAUGUCUCCCCUAGGAGUGCAUUGCAGGUAAUUCAGUAAGAUUGGCUGACCUGUGCUCUGUACUCUGAUUCGCUCAGCCACUGAAGAAAGGAGCUGAAUGAGACAGUUGGUGCAGGGGACUGAAAGAUUGAAUCAUGGAAACUUUCCUGAAACUUAAAAAAUCAGCCUGAGGCGCAUGGAAAACUUUAGUCCAGAAGAUUCUACGAAGUAAUGUUUCCUCAAUGGAAAAGGUGUUAAAAGCUGCCUGCGGCACUAUGGAAGCAUGGAGACAAAGUAGUCAUCUAUUGAGACCCUCAGGGAACUAUUGGGUAAAGUGACGGAAAUGAAGAGCUUGAACCAUCACUUCAGCAUGGCGGCAGCUGAAUCUGACAAGGACUCCGGAUAUUCAGAUGGAAGUUCAGAGUGCCUGAGUGCUAUGGAGCAGACUGACUCGGAGGAUGUGCUGAAUGCGUUGUGUUGGAACGCAGAGGAUGGGCCUUGGCAAUGCCCAAUGACCACAAGUAACUCCUUUCCUGCACUUUCUCCUAUGGUCGUAAUGAAAAAUGUGUUAGUUAAGCAGGGGAGUUCAUCACAGCUCCAAUCUUGGACUGUGCAGCCAUCCUUUGAAGUGAUUCCAGCUCAGCCUCAGCUAGUGUUUCUUCGUCCAUCAAUCCCACCUCCCGUUAACCCUCACCCUGUUGGGAAAAAGAGAAAUGACUCCACUAAUUACCUGCCCAUCCUGAAUUCUUAUCCCAAAAUAGCACCACAGCCCUGCAAAAGAGAUCACUCCUUUGAUCUAGAAGAACGUCAGGAAACUAAUUGCCAUAAACGACUCUGCACAGAAGCACCCAAGAUGGAGACUUCCUCUGUAUCAAGGAGCACAGGCUUGCCGACUAGUCCGUUUGCCCACAUACCAGUUAGCUUUAAGACCCCUCAAGAUUCUAACCAGCAAAGUUCUUCAGCUCUGGUGACAAGUGGAAAACUGUCAGCUCUUCCUGGUUUUCAUCGUGUUUCCAGUGACACUCAGAAAGUGCCGGGUUUGACUCCCCUUUUGCCUUUUGGAACUCUGCAGGCAACAAAGUGCACCCCUCAUGAGAGCGAGAGUGCAGCACAGACUACAAUGCAGUCUGCAGUUUGGAGCCCCCCAUUGAUACCAGAAGAGAUUUGCACUACCCCUGAGCUGCUCUUGCAACAACAAAGCAAGUGCAGACGCUUUCAGAAUACACUCGUUGUGCUACGCAGGUCGGGACUGCUGGAGAUCACUUUAAAAACCAAGGAGCUCAUUCAUCAGAACCAGGUGACUCAGACCGAGCUGGACCGGCUGAAGCACCAAACACAGCUUUUCAUAGAGGCAAUAAAGAGCAAUGCUCCACAGUCAUGGGCAGAGCUAGAAGCAUCUCUAACAGGAUCUGAUAAAGCUGAUAGCAACCUUGAAGACCCCACUUAUCCCAACAUGUAGUAAGAAGGAAGUGAUUCUCCUAGAAAACAAGAUGAUGGACUCAGGCUACCUAGAGAUGAAAGGAAGUCAGAAAAAGAAGUCCAAUCCUGGCUGCUGAGACAAGAAAAAGUGCGUCUACCGGUGACCUCUUCUCCAUCCUAUUUCCACUGCUCUGAUAGAGUAAAAGGAAGGAAAAAUUGGCCUUGCAGGGUAAUACCCUCUGACUUAGGGAGACUGUAGCUGAUAGAAACCUCUUAUACACACAGUACCACAUGUGUGUGUUCCCCUGUUGGCACUGAGGGUGGGCUGAAGUGGGUGUGCUUAUAGCUGAUGGGCCUUUCAGCUGGUGUAAUUUGUAUAAAUAUAUAUUCAAUAAAUCUAUGAAUAAAGUCCAGCAGCUGGUUAGAAAUCUCCUACUGGGCAUCAGUCCAGACUUAAAUAGUAUUUGCUGAGCUAGAAAAAUCCACUCUGGAACUAUUAUAUGUAAAUCUGGGGCCCCUUAGGAACCAUAUCCCUAGAUAACUGCAAAUCUUGAUGCAACAUCUAUAAAAAAAGGAUGUUGAAGGCCCCUAGUGAUAGAUAUGUCAUCAAGUUCAGUUUCUCUUAGCUGCCUUUAUUCCUGGAAGCCCUGAUAAACCUUUAAACAGUAAGGGCUUUCCUUUCUUGGCUGCAACUUAAUAAAAUAGGUUAGCUUGGAACUGUGUUGAGAAAAUCAGUUGACUACAUCAGGACCAGCAUAGGUCCUGAUUCUGGGUGGGAUCUGGAAGUGGUCCAGUAGACUUGAGCAGAAACAUUAGCCUCUCUGAUUGGAAACCUGUAAGCAAUGAACUUACAGAUUUUUUUUUUUGACCUUUGAAGCAGCAAGACUGUGUAUAAACAAGUUAGCUGAAGACAGCUGUCCCAGUCUAUAAAGUCAAUCAGAUGGCCUGCUGGGGCUUCAGUUGCUGCUGACAACUAGCAGGUGGGGUAGCUUGAUGGGUUGGACAGACUGCUGUUUUUCUAUUAAGUUUUAAUAAAUGUUGGUAUUUUUUAUUACUUUUACUAUGUAUUUUUGAAAUUUUACUGCUCUAGUUGGAAUGUAAACAUUUUCUGUACUUUCAAAGUCUGUUGCCAGCUCUGAAUACAAUAGCCUAAGAACUGUGUUAUAGAACAUGACCUUUUUGCUAAAACUUUACAGAAACAGACUGUGAAAUAUGAAUGAAAUAAAGUAUAUACUUGAAAAGUU